UGCAAAGAAAGAGGAAGAAACGAUUGGGAACGAAAUCAAGUUUCUUUUGAAACUGGAUGCCAACACCGCCAAAGUCAUCAGGUACUACACAGCAGUAAGGUCUCAUGAAUUCUACUACAUCGCUAUGGAACUUGGCGUUUGUACAGUCAACGAUUACGUGACGAAGAAUGACAAAUUCAUCAGGCUUCGGAACAUUGAUGAAGCCACAAUUCGGAGCAUUGAUGAAGUCAAAAUACUCCGUGACUCUUCAGAAGGACUGGAAUGGCUGCAUAAAAGACAAAUCAUGCACCGGGAUAUCAAGCCCGAAAACAUCUUGUUGGUGCGGGACGAGAAAGAUGGCAUCGUGGCCAAGCUCACCGACUUUGGUAUAUCCAAAGAGCUGACAUCGGGCACUCAGGCCAUGACAAGUUGGAAAGGCACUCUGGACUGGAUGGCUCCAGAGGUGCAAGAGAGCGGAGGUCAAGUUGGAUCCGUUGGGGCAGCAGACGUGUUUUCCCUCGGCCUGGUCUUCUACUACGUUCUCUCCGAGGGAAAACACCCAUUUUCUAAAAAUGACACGAUGACGGCGAAGGUCAUUAAGUCUGAUAGUGCAUGCCUGGAUGACGUACCGAAGGGCUCCAUGAGGAGCCUGAUCGAAGAGAUGAUUCAGAUAACACCAGGUGACAGACCAUCAAGCAAGUACGUGGCCAGGCAUCCGACCUUCUGGGAGCCGCAGAAGACGCAACUGUUUUACCAGGCCAUUAGUGAUCUUAUCACGGCAACAGACGAGCUGGACAAGACAAAGCUGAAAGAAGAAGAGCUGAAAGCCGCUGUUAAUGAAGAUCCCACUCGGGUGUUCGGAGAGGAGCGAGGUGAGCCCAGGGACUGGAGGAAGAUAAUCGACACCUCACUGGACAAAGGCCACUUAAAGAGCUACGACGCGACCAUAUCUGGGCUGCUGCGGUUGAUUCGAAAUAAGCUGCACCACUUCGAUGCGGUACCUGAAGAAGGACGACGCAUUGUGCACAACACCAAGAGUGGACUGGUCAACUACAUAGCUGACAAGUUCCCUCUUCUGCUGAUGCAUGUGUGGGAGGCUGCAGAAAUCCGUCGCGAUAAGCCAGACCUACGUGAUUUCUACAGUGGUGAGUACACCUACCGUGGUGAGUGA